AUGCAUUUUUGUCCUCCCUCCUGGCCGCCCCGACCGCCCUGUAGGCCACCGCCCGCCCUGCGCAGCGCCAUCCCCUCCGCCCCGCCCCCAGGAUGCGCCAUCGCGCCCGCUUCAAAGCCCGCCCCGCCGCUGCCCCCCGACAGUAGCCAUGUCAAGGCCUUCCUCCUGACCUGCCUGAAGGGCCCGCAGGUCCUCCUCAAGAUGGAGGCCGUGAAGGUGGCCCGGCCGGAGCGCCCGCCCCGCUACCGGGGUGCCUGGCCCCCCGGCGAGGUCAUCGCCAACCAGGCCUGUGGGGAGCUGGCCCCGCUCGACCCCAAGCCGGGUGCCCCGUCGGCCCCGGCCUUCUACCCGGCACCGGGCGAGGUGAUUGCCAACCAGUACGCUCUGCCCGCCUCGCCACCCGCCGAGCCCCUCGAGUGCCCCACCUGCGGCCACGCCUACAACUACACCCACAAGCGGCCCCGCCUCCUCUCCUGCCUCCACUCCGUGUGCGAGGAAUGCCUGCAGAUCCUCUACGAGUCCUGCCCCAAGUACAAGUUCAUCUCCUGCCCCUCCUGCAAGCGCGAGACGGUCCUCUUCACCGACUACGGCCUGGCCGCCCUGGCCGUCAACGCCCGCAUCCUGGCCCGUCUACCCGCCGAGGGACUCUCCACCACCGGACUCUCCGCCGCUGGAGCCUCACCGUGGGGCGCCGAGGCUGACCGCGGCUGCUACCAGAGCUUCCGGCAGUACUGCGGUGCCGCCUGCGCCUGCCGCGUCCGCAACCCCGUCUCCUCCUGCGCCGUCAUGUGAUGCCCACGCCUGUCCUUGUCCCGUAGACGUUCUCCCGGGAUUGCCCAUCGACCGUUGGAUUAAGAGGACGAAGAGGGGCUCCAUCGUCAGACGAUUUCCAGGCGCCACCCAACAGGGCUCUGUCGUCGAUUUCCGGGAAAUGUCCAACGGGGCUCCUUCAUUGGACUGUUUCGGGGCUCCGUCGUUGGACAAUUUUCAGGCACCGUCGUUGGAGGAUUUCCGGGGACCGCCCAACGGGGCUCCAUCGUUGAUUUCCAGGCGCCGCUCAACAGGGCUCUGUGAUCAAUUUCCGGGCACCGCCCAACGGGGCUCCGUCAUCCAUUUCCAGACACCACCCUACAGGGCGCUGUCGUCGGACUGUUUCUGGGCACCGUCAUCGGACUCUUUCCGGGCACCACCCAACGGAGCUCCAUCAUUGGACUAUUUGGGGUCCCUUGGGCAAACGGGGGGAGGGGGGGAAUUGGCACAGCCAACAGGCCCUCCGCCUCCAGCGGCUUCCUGGGAUGUGGGGCACGUGCCAUUUCCCUGGUGGCCGCCCAUUUCGGCCCGUGCAUGGCACCCUGGGCCAGGAUUUGGGGCGGAGGGGACAAAAGGAGGGCAGAGCAGUUUGGGGGGCCAAUGUCCCAAGAUGGCCGACGCAACCAAGGUGGGUGGGGUCUGUUUGAACCCGAUUUUGUGGAAAGCAUUACUUGCACUCAGAAUCUUGCCAGGGUUCGACACGUUCCGAUGGGGAAAGGCCGUCUAGGAUUUCAGUCCUCUAUGGGGAAAAGGGGGCUUGGCUAUUGUUCCGGAUGCAGGAAGUUGUGGAAUGGGACCCCCGGCUGUCAUCUAGACCAACCCCGCCUCAAGAGAGGCUUUAGGGCACCCGCUUCCUUCUGCUUGUCACCCUUGUCCUGUUCUUGUGAAUGCUCUCAAUAAAUAGAUAUAUAUUCCUGAAGCUCAGAGGUUUUGAGGGAGCGGGUGCUAGGGUUUGCGCCCCAAAGAACCAUGGGUGCCCCUUCCG